AAAAACUCCUAGUACUUCCGGAACUGUCAACGUGAGCUCAUUAGAUUUUACGCUGCUGUCAUGUUGUUUAAUUUGGAAUUGGAUACAUAAACAAAUACUUUUAAUUGUAAGUUUUGCACGUUGAAGCCAAACAUGAAAUGACAUUUAUGCAUCAAAUCGAUUCACCGAAGGAGUUUAAGUACUUCCUGCUCGACCGUCUGUUUACAUUUUGAUUUUUGCACAUAUGUAUAUAAUAUAAUACGAAGCAGUAAUCAUGCUGAAGGCUGUUAUUCUUAUCGGAGGUCCUCAAAAAGGGACCCGGUUUCGCCCGCUGUCGUUUGAGGUGCCCAAACCUCUGUUUCCAGUGGCUGGAGUGCCAAUGCUACAGCAUCACAUCGAGGCCUGCUCUAAGCUUCCGAAUAUGAAGGAGAUCUUACUUAUUGGCUUUUAUCAGCCCAACGAAGAACUAAACAGAUUUUUGUCAUGCGCCCAACAAGAUUUCAAAAUCUCAAUAAGAUACCUUCAGGAGUAUGCUGCUCUGGGCACCGGAGGAGGAAUCUACCAUUUCAGAGAUCAGAUUCUGUCGGGGAGUCCAGAAGCAUUUUUUGUCAUGAAUGCUGACGUGUGCUCAGAGUUUCCUCUGCCGGAGAUGCUGGACUUCCAGAAGGAGCACGGAGACGCUUACAGUUUUGUCAUCCUCGGCACCACGGCCAACAGAAAACAGUCCCUGAACUACGGCUGCAUUGUUGAGAAUGAACAAACUGAUGAGGUCUUGCAUUAUGUCGAGAAGCCCGGCACGUUUGUGAGUGACAUAAUCAACUGUGGAAUAUACCUGUUCACUCCAGAGAUAUUCCAGCACAUCGGAGCAGUUUUCCAGAAGAACCAGCAGGACAUGCUGUUAUAUUACGAUGAGGGAGAGGAGCAGUCCAACGGCUGGCAUCGGGCAGAGGUGAUCCGUCUGGAGCAGGACAUCUUUACAGCGCUGGCAGGCCAAGGCAAAUUAUACGUGUACAAAACAGACCGCUUUUGGAGCCAAAUCAAAUCUGCAGGAUCUGCGAUCUAUGCAAGCCGUUUGUAUCUUAACCAGUAUCACACAACGCAUCCAGAGAGGUUAGCUACUAAUAGAGAAGGAGGGCCAAAGACCAGAGGAAAUGUUUAUAUACAUCCAACUGCCAACAUUGAUCCAACUGCUGUGUUAGGUCCAAAUGUGUCCAUAGGAACAGGCGUAACGAUCGGUGCAGGAGUUCGUGUGAGGGAGUCCAUCAUCCUUCAUGGUGCUACUUUACAGGAUCACAGCUGUGUGUUGAACAGUAUUGUGGGCUGGGGAAGCACCAUUGGAAAAUGGGCCAGAGUGGAAGGGACCCCUAGUGACCCGAAUCCUAAUGACCCAUAUGCCAAAAUUGACAGCGAGACGCUGUUUAGAGAUGGAAAACUAACACCGUCCAUUACAAUUCUAGGCUGUAAUGUAAAUAUCCCAUCUGAGGUCAUCAUACUCAACUCCAUCGUCCUGCCACAUAAAGACCUCAACAGAAGCUUCAAAAACCAGAUCAUACUGUAGUUUCAGACUCAGUCUUUUGUACCUGUCAUUUUCAUUCAAAUGUGGCAUUUGUGUUAAAUGUCUGCUACUGUAUUGUGCAUAUGGAUUUACCAUUGUACAGUGUUAUCACGUCAAAGCUGGAUAAAACAAAUGCAAAAAUAAUUCUGCUGUAGAAUAUCUUCUCUUUGUCAAACGGUUUCUGAAAUGACUUGAAAUUCAUUUUAUUUACAGCUUUUUGGCUCCCUCUUGUCAGUGAAAUGUCAAAGAUAUUCAAAGAAAGGUGCAAAAAAAAGAAACGCUGUUUAUUUGUGCAGUCUGUUACCAUUCUUUCCAGCCUUUAACAUGUCAUGUAAAAAAAAAAAUGGUAAAGACAAAUGGUAAAACCUUGUAAUUGGAUACCAGUCGUGUUGGUAAUUGUUUUGAAUAAUUGAUGUUUCUGUGACUGCUCCCUGCAUGAAAGCCGAGCGCCGUGCGAGAGUCAGACGUCUGCAAUAAAUUAUAUUUUGAUUAAGUCACAAAAGGUAAUAAAGUAAUUUACUGCUGCCCUUGUAGAAAAAUCAGUGUCUGUAUUUAUGGUUAAACAGCUACAGGACCAUCAAUU